CAAACAAAAUGUCAAAAGUGAUUUAUUGAAUUGAUAUUAAAAAAGGCGUAUAAUAAACUGACGUAUACAUAUUGCAAUAAAUAUUAAACCGACGUAUCGAAAUCUAAAUAUCUUUUGGGUUUUUAAUUUUGUGUUAUUAAUCAUAGUCAUUUCCCUUUACAUUCAACCGUAUACCUAUUUCAAAUUUCAAAUAAAUAAAUCUACAUUUUAAAUUUAUUUUUGUUCUCAUAACUCAACAUAAUUAAAAUUAUGGAUUUAGAUGAUAACUUUCCAGCAGCUAAGCGCAUCAUAACUGAAAUUCAAAAUAUAGUCAACAGUGAUUCUAAGCUGAAGGAAUUUGAUCUAGUCAUACAACCAGAAAGUCAAAAUAAAUCCCCAGUGAUAUAUGUAGACCAUUGUUUAGGUCUAGAGUCGUGGUGUGUACGUCAUGUAUAUGAAUAUGUGUACCAAAGACUUAUUUCUAUAAGAAAACGAUUGAAAAGACAAGUAUCCAAUGACACAAUACCAUUGCUUACAUCUGCUCUCUUAAUAAAUCCAGAAGUCUUAACAUUUUGGAACAUGAGACGAGAGUUAAUUCUUGAUGGAUGCUUGAAACCAGAUGAUGAAUUACAAUUUUCAGCUGUUGUUUUGUCUUUUAAACCAAAAUGUGCUGAAAUAUUCACCUACAGAAGAUGGAUAUUUUUUAACAUUUUAAAAGAUUUUAGCUCCAACCAUGUUAUACUCAAUGAGUUAACAAUAGGAUUAACAGCUGCUGCUGGCUAUCCAAGUAAUUACAAUGCAUGGAAUCAUUGUUAUUGGUUCAUUCAAAAAUCACUUGAACAAGAAAACUAUUCUUUGAUCUCCCAUCAAUGGGAACAAACUAAAACUUGGUGCAGUGAACAUGUAUCCGACCAUAGUUGUAUGCAAUACAGACAACGAUUACUUAAAUGUUUAGUUGCUGAUAAAAAGUGCUUACAGCAUUUAGAAUGUUGUACAUCUAAAUCACUUAUGCGGUUUUUUAACUCUGAUGAAAGACAUAAACUUAUGAGGCCAUCAGAAGACUAUUUUGAUGAAGCUAUUGGUGUUGCUUUAGAUGAAUUAUAUUUUAAUGAAGAUCUGAUUGUGAUGUAUCAAAAUCAUGAAUCUCUAUGGAAUCACCGAAGGUUUUUAUGUUAUUUAUUAUUAGAUAUUUAUAAUAUUGAUUGUAUUAAAGAAGCAUUAAUGAAUAAUGAAAGGAGAGUUUCUACUAAAUUAUCAAGAAGUAAUGAGUUGUAUGUUAAAAAACAUGUUUUGUGGCUUCAAACAGCAUUAUGCAUUCCUAUUAAAUUACUAUAAUGUUAAUAACUAGCAUUAGUUAAUUGUAUUGUUGAAAUAAUUCAAUUAGAUAUUUGUUAAAUUUUAAAAAUCAAAAAUCAAAAAAAAUGUGACAAAUAAUGAGUGAGAUUAUAAUUUUAAAGCUAAUAUUUAUUUUAAUUGUUAUAAUAAUUAUAUAUUUUUGUUUUAUUUCUUGUGCCAAUGAAAUAGUUUUAUAUAGAUUAAUAGCUAUCAUUAUUGAUACUGCUUGUUUAACUGUAACUAGUUAAAUUUUAAUAAUAUCUUUGUAUAUAAUACUAUUUAUUAUUUACAUUAGGUUGAAAAUAAA